ACAAGUGAGAAGGUUCGUUUAUGAAUAGCCAUGCUCACCUUUCAUAAUGUCUGCUCAGCGCCCAGCUCCUUCCAGCUCCUGGGCAUACCAGGUCUGGAGUCCCUGCAAAUCUGGCUCUCGAUCCCCUUUGGCUCCAUGUACCUGGUGGCUGUGGUGGGGAACAUCACCAUCCUGGCCGUGGUAAGGGUGGAACAUAGCCUGCAUCAGCCCAUGUACUACUUCUUGUGCAUGCUGGCUAUUAUUGACCUGGUUCUUUCCACUUCUACUAUACCCAAGCUUCUGGGAAUCUUCUGGUUUGGUGCUGGCAACAUUGGCUUGGAUGCCUGCUUGAGCCAGAUGUUCCUUAUUCACUGCUUUGCCACUGUUGAGUCAGGCAUCUUCCUUGCCAUGGCUUUUGAUCGCUAUGUAGCCAUCUGCAACCCACUACGUCACACUACAGUGCUCACCCACUCAGUGGUGGGUCGUUUGGGGCUGGCUGCCCUCCUCCGAGGAGUUCUUUACAUCGGACCUCUACCUUUGAUGAUCCGCCUGCGGCUGCCUCUUUACAAAACUCAUAUCAUCUCCCACUCCUACUGUGAACACAUGGCUGUGGUCACCUUGGCAUGUGGCGACAGCAGAAUCAACAAUGUCUAUGGACUGACCAUUGGUUUUCUGGUAUUGAUCUUGGACUCUGUGGCUAUUGCUGCUUCCUAUGUGAUGAUUUUCAGGGCUGUGAUGGGGCUGGCCACCCCCGAGGCCAGGCUUAAAACCCUGGGGACAUGUGGUUCUCACAUUAGUGCCAUCCUGCUCUUCUAUGUUCCCAUUGCCGUCUCCUCCCUCAUUCACAGGUUUGGUCACCAAGUGCCUCCUCCAAUCCACACCUUGCUGGCCAACUUUUAUCUCCUCAUUCCCCCAAUCCUCAAUCCUAUUGUGUAUUCUGUCCGGACUAAGCAGAUCCGAGAGAGGAUUUUUCAAAUCCUAAAGAUAGGAACUAAGAUGAAAUAAUUACUACUUCUUUCCUCUCAUACUCAUGGAGGCAUCAUUUAAAUAUGGAGGACCACUUCCCGUUUGUGAAACUCAAGUCAGAUAUUAGGCCCAACUUUUAGAGUUGUAAACUCAAAUACUAAGAUGUUUGUCAGGAUCAGAGGAUAGUUGAACCACAAAGACAACCAGCAAUGACAAUGACACCAGUAAUAAGCACGUUUUUCCAGCACUUCUAAUGCAUUUCUUCCAAGUAUCCUGAAAUCAAGUAUUAUUGUUCAUGUUUUAUAUAUGUAAAACUGAGACAAGACCCUUGCUUUA